AUGGCCCCACGCACAGGUACCCGCGCUGCUCAACCUGGCACGUCGUCUGGGUUGGGUACCCACUUUUCCAGCCCGCGGAAACUCAGAGACAAGCGGAAAACCCAGGUACUUGUUGAAGUACCAGGUCAGAAGGCUAAACAGCGCCAGUUGCUCGCAAAGAUGGCCAGCUUACUUGCAGGGACAGAAGCAGACACUGUGGUCCACGAGGAAGACGCUCAUGAGGCUUGGGAAGACAUCCUUGAGCCUCACGACAACUGUCCUCUCCAACCUGCCUCACAAUCCACACCGACUCGUCGUACCCAGUCUGAUCUCACGUCUACUUGCUUGUAUAACAGCUGGGAAAACUUAUUCCUACCCUGGUCGAGGCCCAGCUAG